UGACGUCACGGGUUUGUCAGCUAAAGCAGGACUGAUAGGUUGUUAGUCAGAUGGAGGAGGAGAGGAGAGGAGAGCGAGCGAGCGAGAGAGCGAGAGAGAGAUGGAGGAUAGCGCGCGCUGGGGUGAUAACACUAUCUAUCCAAAUGACGAGCGUUCCUUUCGCGCGCUUCACUCAUCACGCAAUGGAAACUGUGCGUUCGUGAACUCCGAAGUGGUGCUUCAUCCCUGACUCUUCUUCUUUUCUUUCACCGAUUUAUUUGAGCUCUGCAAAGAUCCGAUAACUAUCGAAGAGAUUCUUCAGUGUGACGGCUCUCGUGACAUGCUUGUGUGCCACGGAAAUUUCGAAAUUUUAUCCUGCGUUUCCCCCUAUUUUUGCCAUCGCGUGACAUGAUAACAACGUAGAGAAAGUGCGCGGUGACCGAGAGCGCAGCGCACGGGCGAUGUUGACGCUGUCACCUUGCCUCCUUGUUUCCACAGCUUCUUGACUUUUUCCAGUGGAGUAUAAUUUGGUGUUGUGAGUCUGGUUUGGUGUCAUGAACUUGAAGCAACUGAACCGUCCAGCUGCCCACGUUGCCGCUGGGUCGCUCAGUGCAUCCUUGCCCACUUUAGAGGAGAAAACAGCGAGCAACUAAAGGGGGACAAGACGCGUCCUUGUUUUCCGAGAAUUAUUUUGCCCAAUCCUCGCUGGUGCGCUGUGGAUAGACCUGGAGCUAUUUCAAGCUUGCUGUUUCUCGGGAUAUAUAACAUUAGAAUGUUAGCAUCCAUACCAUUUGGAGUAAGGUGUCUAACUUAAGGUUACCAUUGCGCUCAAGCGUUUGUUGGAACGCAUAAAUGGACGAAUACCAGGAAGACUGAUUCGGAAUUGCUGUCGGGAAAAAUGUGGCUGAAACGGUGUGUCACACGCAGUUCCGUGGUUGUUUGGAGACCUGGGGGAUGUAGAAUGUGUAUCCUCUUCAUCCUUGUCCAUAUUACAUUGGAUCUAUCUCUGUGUGCACCAGUAGGCCAGGGGCUCAUGCUCAAACUACUGCCCAGAACAGUGCCCUACCGGCAACCACACCCUCUGCCCAUUCGGGAAAUGCUCAAUGGCCAGCACUUGAGGACUCGGGGCUCCUUGCAUCAUGUUUUCCCCCCUCCUUUGCAAUUACAGCUGGGGGGCACCAAAUUAUGGGGGCAAAGGAACCGCAGGUCUCUCCAGAAACAACAACUUUGUGCAGAGUGCAAAUUGACCCCCUCUGAUAAAGGGAAAUCAACUGCAUUACCAGAGGGGAGUAAAUCUGAUUUAAAUCUGCAUUUAUCUCGCUCAAGGAGGCAGCUGAAAGGGGAUGCCUAUGACUCCCUGGAGGGGAGGACCACCACAGUUGCAGGAUUUAUUGACUGGGGCCCCACAGGGGCCGAUGAGGGAAUUGAGGAGGAUGCAAGGGUGACUCCAAACACCACAGUCACCUUAUUACCUCCCUCCACUACCACAGUUAGUGUAACUAGCACUACCACGUGGAGCCCCCAAAGGACGCAUGCAGUGAUUUCAACCACGCAUCCUAAGAGGCACAGCACCACACAGCCAAGCGCUAACUCCAGAGUGACUGCCAAAUCACCAAAACCUUUUGGGGACACACCAGGUCUGGCUGUUCACCAGAUCAUCACCAUCACUGUGUCCCUCAUCAUGAUCGUCGCAGCCUUGAUCACUACUCUAGUCCUUAAAAACUGUUGUGCGCAGUCCGGGAAUGGCCGACACAGCAGCCACCAGAGAAAGAUCAACCAGCAGGAGGAGAGCUGUCAGAACCUGACCGACUUCACGCCUGCCCGCGUGCCCAGUAAGGUGGACAUCUUUACUGCCUACAACAACAGUUUACAGUGCUCGCACGAGUGUGUGCGGGCCGGCAUACCGGUGUACACAGAUGAGAUGAUCCAGCACACGCCAAUCUACAAGACCUCUUAUAAUGGAAACAGACCGUCGCCCACUGAAAGGCAGCUAAUCCCUGUGGCCUUUGUGUCUGAGAAAUGGUUUGAGAUCUCCUGUUGAGGCCCUUUUACUACCUUUGGGUUGAGCCCACGUCUUCAAUUUGUGCCCUGGAUCCCACUGGAAAACCUGUGAAUCAAGUAUAAGAACAUGACCACAACACAAUAAAGCUAAACACAACCACAAGAACAACAACAAACAAGCAAUUACAGAGAUGGGAACAGAGACGAACAGAAAUGUAAUGAAGAUGUUUAUUUUUCUAGACUGAUUGCAGUGCUAUGGAUGCCAAUCCCAAAUUAUUUUCCAUAGACAUGUGGUCAUUUAGAGAUGAUAUACCUAGAGCUGAUAUAUUAUAUACGUUUAUAAUUGCACAUGUGGGUGUGCUGGAGUGGAAUUCGGCUGCAGAUAGUUUGAGAAGACGCUCUCUAUGGAUAUGUCUGCUUGUGUGGAGGAAAGACUAUUCUGAACUUUGUGCCAAUAAUGCCAUUAUGUGCCACUACAUAUAUAGAUGGGACGCGUUCAGUUUCGUGGAAAAUUGCUGACACAACUUUAAGUAAUUUCAGUGACUGUCUCCCAAUAUCAAUCUGUCAUAUGUUUUUGUAUAUAAAAAAAAGUAUGAAUAUGUAUUUGAACAUGUUUUGAAAUAGCUGAGGAAAUGUGUUGCAAAUAUCCAAAAAAUAUUUAUAUGGAAUACAAUUCAGUUAGAUAAAAAAUUAACCUAUUGAGGAAUAGUAUACCCAGGUCUUAAUUUCACUACAUUCUUAAAGGCCCCAUUUUAAAGAAAUAGUCUCUAUUUUUAUAUAAACGAGGAUACUUAUGAGUCAGAGAAAUCCAAUUCAACUGGACUCUUGGGACUGUUAAUCUGUAAACUGAGGUUCCAUGAUGAGUUGAAGACUUUUUUUUUUUUUUUAUCAUACAGAAUUCAGAUACAGUAUUCAUUCAUAGCUUAUAUGAUUUGCCAAAGCCUUGUUUUUGUCUUUUUUUUUUUUUCUUCUUCAUUUUUAUUUUAUUUUUUUAAGAAUUGAAUAGACAUCAUUAAUGAGAAAUUACAGUUAUGGUUCAAUCAUGUUUACGGACUCACAGACUCUCGGAAAGGUGUUUGAUACCAGACAAUUUCUGGACAACAGCUGGUUUAAGGGUCAUGUUUAAAUAAUACUAUUAUGACUGAUUAUCCAUUAUCCACAUUACAAAAUAAUAAACCUCCUCUAAACUUUCAUUUCAAGCUUAUUUUGAUAAAUGACCAGACAAUAGUUAUCAGUCUUGUGCACAGAUUCAAAUACAGUACAAAAUGUUUACUUUAUAUCAGUGCCUAGACAUGUUUCAGUGCCAACUUGAUUUAAUUUGUGUUUACUUAAUGUAUAUUUAUUUGCAUAGUGGAAAUUAACUUAAUCUGAAACAAAAAUGUUACAUACAAUAAUCAAGAAUGUUCUUUUGUGUGACAUUUUUUCUUAUUUAAGCUAUUAGUAUAUUGUUGUUUACUAGUUAAUAAGUAAUUACUGUUUUUCAUUGAUUGGUCCAUUAAAGCAGAACUGACUGAAAGACUUAUAAUAAUAAUAAUCCAUCAGAAAUUUUCCAUCAGCAGAAUGCCAAUCAAUUUAAUAGAAAUCAGCAGUGCUAUGGUUUACAAACAGCACUAAACUUGCCAAUCAAUUUAAUCUAUUGAUACUGUAAGUGAGUCUCCACUCAAUAUAAAUGACACUUUGAAUUUGUGUGUGUAUGUGUGUGUGUGUGUCUGAGAUUGCACCACUCCUCUAGCAUCGCAAGACCAAAGAGCUUUGUUGUGAGUAGCAGUAUGUGAACAGACUUGGCCAUAUACUCUAUAAAUGAUAAUGGAAGUAAAAUAAGAGGAAGGAAAUGUUAUUUUAUUGUCCAAAAAAAAUUGAAAACAGAAAAUAUGUUAUAUGUUUAUGGAUUACAUUUAGAUACUGUACAAAACAAAAGCAAACACUGUGAACAGGGAAACUAGUUGUUUGCAAUAGUCUGUCACUAAAAGUUUAAUGUUUUGGAGUAAAUUUGAUUGUACAUGUAGGUUGUCAAAUGUGAUUCAAAAUGUUUAUAACCACUUUUAUCCUUGGAAGACAGCAAUACAUACAAAUAAGUUUUGUUGACAUUUUGGAGGUUUGCUCCAUAAACUGUACAUUUUUGUUUUCUCCACAAUUUUGACUCAUUUACUGAAUCAUGUGAACUGUGCUGGCCAAUCAUGUUAGCCAUUUAGAAAAAUGUAUUAACCAUGUACUAAAGGAUCUCUAAAGCUCUGUAUUAUGUACAUGUGUAAAUGUGUUUUCUAUUUGUUUACCUCUAUUCUAUCUUGUGUGAUUUUUAAGCUCUAUUUUUCAGAGAAUCAGUGGAUACAUUUAAAAAAGUUUUUGUUUACAUUGCAUAACUCGCUGCACACGUUACUUACAGUGAAAUAUACACUUACUUUAUGCCAAGCCUCAAAACCCAUUGUUUUAGCUGUAGCUGUUGUUCUCAUAUUAAUUAGGAAAUCCCAGGUCCAUUGCAUUGCAUUCUAAUACACCAUGGGAUCACUACAUUAAACAAGGAAGCUUCAUGGGUUUCUAGAGUAGCUGAGUAUGGAAAAAAAUACAGCUGUAUUUUUCAGCAUUUCAGAUAAUCAUCUAGUAUGUUAUGGAAGGGUUUUUAUCCCAAAGAAUGUGACAGAUGGGCAUCUCUUCCAUCAGGAGAUGAGUCUAAGUGUGUGCUGAAAUGGAUUGUUUGAGAUGGGACUCUUUUUUGGGUUAAAUUAAAAAAGUUCAGCUCAUUCAGCUCAAGUUCAAUCAUUCUCUUUCAAUCAGAGAAUAAAAAAGGCUCCAAAGUAUCUCAGUCGACAGCUCAAUAAACUAAACAUCAAUUUAAAAAAAACAAAAAACAAACAAACAGACAACUGGCCCUUAUGACUGCCAGCACAUGAUGGGAAGAUUUCAUGCUGUGAGUCUGAUAAACAUGUCUGGAGCUUUGAUUGAGUGUGGAAUGUUGAUUUCUUGUUCAGUCUUUACACAGAGCUCAGAAUCCAUUGAUUCUAAAGCAGAAUAAAAGGUUAAUUGACCAUUUUCAUCUUUGCGUUAUACCUGAAUGUGCUUUUAAUUUAUUUAGGGUCUAACUGUUUUUUUUUUUUGUUUUUUUUUUGUUUUUUUAAGGAAACAAAAAAGCCUGCUGAAUCCAGCAUAUAUAUAUACACUACUGGUCAAAAGUUUUGAAAGUUUUGAAACAAUUACUCAUAUAUAUAUAUAUAGAAUUUUAGAAUAAUAGUAAAGCCAUCAAAACUAUGAAAUAACAUAAAUGGAACUAUGGGAAUUAUGUUGUGACUAAAAAAAUCCAAAAUAAAUCAAAACUGUGUUAUAUUUUAGCAUCUUCAAAGUACUCACCCUUUGCCUAGAAUUUGCUGACAUGUACUCUUGACAUUUUCUCAAACAACUUCUUGAGGUAUCACCCUGGGAUGCUUUUUAAACAGUAUUGAAGGAGUUCCUAUCUAUGUUGGGCACUUAAUCGCUGCUUUUCUUUAUUGUUUGGUCCAGACAUUUUUUUUUAUUUUUUUUUUAUAAAAUUUUAGUUUUAGAAUGAAAUAAAUUAUUAUGGUGGCACAAUUAUAUUUUUGUCUACAAAUCUAAUUUCAAACAUUUAAGCAUACGCCUUCAAAUCAAAAGAUUUUUAAGAUCAUGAGAAACAUUUCAGUCAAGUGUUUCAAAACUUUUGACUGGUAGUGUGUGUGUGUACUGUAUAUAUAUAUAUAUAUAUAAAAUUAUUAUUAUUAUUAUUAUUAUUAUUAUUAUUGCAUUGGAUUCAGCAGGCUAUGUUGUUAUAAUUUUUGUUUAAUAUAUAUAUAUUUUUUCCCUGAUACAAGUCCUCCUUGUUGUUUGACAUGUAAAUUAUACACUGUUUACUGUAAAGGCUUAUUUUGUUGUCAUGUGUUGUAUUAUUUUAUCAUGUGUUUUCAUGUGGUACAAUACUCAGGCAUCAUCUAUCUAUUAACAUGUUAUUUUAUAUACAGUAUAUAGAAAAAUAUUUGUUUGCCUCAGCUUUGUUUAAUUUGUAUUAUGUAUUAAACAUUUGCAGAGUCAUGUUUCACUAUGACAGGUUUCAUAUGGUGCAGAGCGUACUCCUAAACUAUCCCCCAAAAUCCCAGGCCUGUCAAGAAAGAUAACACCAAAUUCCUCCUUGUGUGACAGAGAUCUGUAAAACAGUUUAUAGAAACUGGAAAGUGUUUAGUAAGGCUUAGUGAGGAAGUAUCUGAGAUGGUCUUUGGCUUUUGAUUUGCUGCAGGUAGAAUUUAUUACAUUGCUCCAUAUUCCAUACAAAACCUGACACCUGUCCUGUUGUUGCCAUAGAAAUAAAAACUUUGUACUUUGUGUACCUUAACUUUUUUUUAUAUAUUUGUGUCUAAUAUAUCAAUGAGUUCCUCUUUUUUUCUUUUAUAUAAGAUAUAUGAAAAUAGUACACAACACAAUAUACAAAAACAAAAAAAAAAACAUGAAAACAUACACGGACACUGUGUGAACUAACGGUAUCUGUGUCAAAAUAGUGCUGUGUACUUUUAUUUUGUGUCUUUGAGUCUCUUUCUCUUUUUGUAGGUAUUGGUAAAGUUAUAUUUCCAGGUGACAUUGAUUUUGAUUCUUGUUCUUAUGCUCUCUGUGUUUUGGCCACUGUAAAUGCAUCAUCAUCAGAAUGAAUCUGUACAUUUAGUACUCUCUCAAGUUGCUAUUAAUAAGAUGUGAAAACGAAAUGGUCUGUCUUUCUAUAAACACCAUCAAAUGUUUGUAAAAUGAUUAUGAGGAGUUAUUUGGACUGGGGAAAUGAAAUUGAAAAUAAAAGUCAUUCAA